UCUCCCGUUAUCCUAUGUGCUCGAAUUUGCGCCGCACUCUAUAAUCCGCAACGCAUCCGCUUCUAGAUUCUUAACACCUAGCUAUAAAAGUUCGCUCCGCAACCAGAAAAAGAAAAAGGUGGUUUGUUUCUUAGCUGGUCUCCUAAGAACCUUAACGACCUCGGAGAGCUUCUCACGACCCCAGAAUCCGCACAUCUCGCAGCGUGUCUAAAUCUAAUACACCUUCGCGAUGCUUUUAAGGUGGAACGACGUCCUCCUGAUGGUUAUGGGAUGGCUCCCGGGCGUGUGGGGGCAGAGCUAUUUACCCUUCUACAGAGCCAUAUAUAAUGCCCUCCACCUCAUCAUAAGGACGUACGUACAACUCCUAGUAAGCGGUUUAGAGGAGAAAGCCGAGCCACUUAUAAUCUUCUCCCACCGACUCGCGGAUGUCUACAAAGCGGCUUCUAUCACAUUAGAAGAGCACGUCAGUCGUAUCACGAAAGAACAUACGGUGCCGCUUUCCGCGGUUAUACGAGAACGUGCGCUCCUCGCGCUCCUCGUUUUCCUGCGUAUUAUAGAUAGCGAACUAUACCGGGUCUCGGACUUCGUAGUUGGCAUUCUGGUAAUUCUCCUGAACGGAGGCUUCUGGCUGCUAUGCAUAUAUAUUACGAUGGAAAGGAGGGUUCACAACGAGACAUUGCCGCAACGGCCACCGCUGAGCUGGGCCGCGGAAGAUCAUAUAAGUCAAUAUUUCGAGAACGUGGAACGGACGGGGAUGAGGCCGCGAUGGAGGUAUAUGGCGAAUGGAGAAGUUGUAAGCAUACCGAGCUAUGUUUUCAAUUAAUAAAUUCUUCUAUCCUCGCGCACGCAACGUGAGCACCUUGAGUAAGAAAAGACGGAAAAUGGGGUAUAAGGUAGGUAGUUUAGGUACAGGUAUAUAUGUCAAUGGAUGUCGAAAAAAAAAACAGUUUCCCUGUUUU